UGGGCCAUGAGAUCGGAGCGCGCACGGAAAGGCUCCGGUAAAGCGCUCAGAGGAAGCUUCGGAGUCGCCACUGUUGAUCGGCCGCGGUUUCUAGUGUGGACACGCUCCAUUUUAUGACUGUUGGCAAGGAGGGAAUUAAAAAAAAGGAAGAAUAUACAUAAAAUAGGCGAUGGCGCUUCCAAAGAGAGGUGACUUGAACGAGGAGGAGAAAGCAUUGCUUGAAGUCAUUAGCAGCGGAAACACCGAAGAAGCUUCAAGACUUCUUGGCAGCAAGACCGUCCGUGUGAAUUGUUUAGAUGAGCAUGGAAUGACCCCUCUAAUGCAUGCAGCAUAUAAAGGUAAAACUGAUAUAUGCAGACUAUUGAUGCAACAUGGAGCUGAUGUAAGCUGCAACAAUCAUGAAUAUGGAUAUACUGCCUUAAUGUUUGCUGGACUCUCAGGUAACAAAGAAAUAACCCGGAUGGUGUUAGAGGCUGGAGCAGAGAUUGAUGUCGUUAAUUCUGUGGGGAGAACUGCAGCUCAGAUGGCUGCUUUUGUGGGUCAGCAUGAUUGUGUAACAGUUAUCAACAACUUCUUUCCACGUGAAAAGCUAAAUUACUAUACAAAACCACAAGGACUAGAUAAAGAACCCAAGCUUCCAAUUAAGCUAACUGGACCUCUACAUAAGAUCAUUACAACUACUAAUUUGCAUCCUGUUAAGGUUGUGUUGCUGGUGAAAGAAAAUCCUCUUUUGGCAGAAGUUGAAGCAAUGCAGAAAUGUUGCAAAGUGUUGGAUCUAAUCUGUGAGAAGUGCAUGAAGCAGAAAGAAAUGAAUGAAGUCCUUGCAAUUAAAAUGCAUUACAUUAGCUGCAUUUUCAAAAAAUGUAUCCUUUUUCUUGAGCGAGAAGACAAAUUGGAUGGAUUAAUCAAAAGCCUGUUAAAAGGCAGAGAGAGAGAUGGAUUUCCAGUUUAUCAAGAGAAAACCAUCAGGGAAUCUAUUCGGAAAUUUCCUUACUGUGAAACUACCUUGUUGCAGCAGCUUGUGAGAAACAUUGCUCCUGUUGAAAUUGGCUCUGAUCCCACAGCAUUUUCUGUACUUACACAAGCUAUUACUGGCCAAAUAGGCUUUAUAGAUGCUGAAUUUUGUACAACAUGUGGGGAAAAAGGAGCAGACAAAAGAUGUUCCACAUGCAAAAUGGUUAUUUACUGUGAUCAGACUUGCCAGAAAAUGCACUGGUUUACACACAAGAAAUCAUGCAGCAUGCUAAAGAAGAUUUAUGAGAAGCAGAUAGUAGAAGCAGCCAAAGAAAAAAAUAAAGAAGCAGCACAAACUGCAGAAUCUAUUUUAACAAGUGAAGAACCGUCCUCUGAACCUGAAACUCAUAAAGACAUGGAAAUAAAAAGUACUGGAGACCAAAGUGAAAUGAUUCCCAGCAUAAAAAUGACUGUGUCAUCUCCAGCAGUUUGUAACUUUCUUGAAGAGGAAACUACUUCAGAAAACAUUGGUAGUGAAAAAGUUCAAGAAUCUGAAGAAUAAACAGUACUUUUUAAAAGAAUGUCAUCUGGAUCACAGUCUAGACUGGAUUUCACAAUAUGCUAAGUGCUCAAUGACAUACUGUAUUUUAGCAAAUAUCAAUUUUUAUAUCAAGUAUAACUCAUAGAAUUGUAGAUUGUAAUAAAGAGCUUAAAUAGCUGAUUGAAAUUAGAAUAACAUAAACCCAUCUGUUUUUGUUCCUGUAUACCUUGAUAUGUUUUUUAAAAACAGUUUAAAAUAGAUUCAUGUUGCAGGCCAAAAAAGCCUUCUAUUUAAUUCAAGCCACUUUACUCAAGUUAUUACCAUAAUGAUAUCUGAAAUAUAAAAACAAGUAGUCUUCGACUUACUACUGGUUGCUUAGUGACUAUUUGAAGUUAUGGUGGACCUUCCCCCAAAGUUAUUUAAAAUCCUGUUUCAAAGUUACGUCUGUUGCAGGACCUCCAUGGUCAUUUGUUCUUAUGACCAACCACAGGGACACUGCAGCAACACCUUGGUCGAUCUCCCCUGCACCUGGGCUCUGCAUCCCUUGGGCCUGCUUCCCACCCAUAGGGCUCCACAACCACCUCCUUACCUUUAACAAAUAUAUGAUUAGGAAAAGAGGAUAAGUCACUCUGUUCCUGGACCUUAUGAUCAGUUAUGGCUGCAAUCCCAUAACUGGUCCUCCAUUUUAGGAAAGCAACCUAUUGAAUUGUGGCUGCUCAGAAAAUGGCAUCCACUUCCAGGAUUGCACCACGCAGUCCAGGAAUGAGGACCCUGUCAUUUCCUAAUGCUAGCUCCAAAGCUUGAAAUGUAAAUGCACAAUGAGUGAUGCAGUGUGAGGAGGGUGUAGGUCUGUUGGGGUGGAAAUAAGUAAAGGCCUUCAAGGCCUUUGUCUUUUUUGGAUUUUUUUUUGUAUUUUAACUUUGUCUUAAACAAAAUAAAUUUAUACAAAAGAGAUCUCUAGCCAUAACGGACAGUCUCUUAUGGUCAUCAGUCAUGGAUUACCUGUACAUUAAAAUUCCUAGUUUUCAUUUAGUAUGCUAUUUGCCUGUUUCUGUUAAUAUUGCUAAUCUAUAUUGGUUUAAUUAACUUUAAUUCUAAAUUUUCAGUUAUAGAGCUUUUUUCAAAACAAGUUAAGCAUAAUGUUCGCUGAAAUAUUAACAAAUAACGACUAUAUUUACGUAUUAGUGAUGCUUUAACAAUAUAAUCAAAUCUUUGAACAAUACGUUAUCAUGUAUAAUCUGUAAUAAGAGAGGCAUGUAAAACCUUGAAGUCAGAUUUACAGGGGGAAGAGCUGAAUUCCACAAAGUUUCUUGAACUAUAUUUAGUUAUAUCCCAAAUACUCAGAUUG